CCCAUAGCCCCGCCCCCGUGCGAUUUGUCAACAUUUGUUCAAGAUGGCUGCGCUGGCGGUGAUGAGAGGAGCGCUCCUCGUCGGGUUCUCGGUGUUUCUGACGCUCGUGCUGGGUUUCGGCCUGCCGUCCGUGCUCAACCUCUUCGCGCGAUGCUGCGGCUUCCCGGAGGCGAGCGUCACUGAGUGCAUCGUGCUCGUGUACGCGCUGUUCGUUCUGUAUGUAGCCAUACCGCGGCUGCCCAGAGGAACUGUAAAGGUUGAUGGGAAGGCUGUGCUCAUUACUGGCUGUGACAGUGGAUUUGGACAUGCGUUGGCUAAGCACUUGCAUCAGCUUGGUUUUACUGUGUUUGCCGGUUGUCUUUCAAAGGAUGGAGAAGGUGCAAAAGUUCUGGAAAAUCUUCAUUCGGAAAAGUUAAAGGUUGUACAGCUGGAUGUUUGCAAUGAGGAGCAGGUGUCCCAGGCCGUCGAGUUUGUGAAAGCCAACCUGGAAGACCCAGAGAAAGGCUUGUGGGCUAUUGUGAACAAUGCUGGGAUCUCAACCUUUGGUGAAGUGGAGUUCACAACCAUGGACACAUACAAGCAGGUUGCAGAGGUUAAUCUAUGGGGAAUGAUCGGCGUAACCAAAGCCUUUCUGCCUUUUAUACGCAGGGCUAAAGGACGUGUGGUGAACGUGGCCAGCAUGUACGGCAGAAUGGGAAACGCUCUCCGAUCCCCUUACUGUGUUUCCAAAUAUGGCGUGGAGGCUUUUUCUGACUGUCUCAGGUAUGAAAUGAAGACCUGGGGUGUCAAAGUGUCUGUCAUUGAACCGGGAAACUUUAUCGUGGCUACCGGCAUCCUUACGCGCGAUAUAGUAACGUCAACGGCAGAGAAGCUAUGGAAGGAGGCGCCCCCCGGUGUUCAGGAGGAUUAUGGGAAGGCUCACUUUGACCAGCACAUGGCUCUCAUGCGUUCCUACUGCAACAGCGGGCAGCGAGAAAUAGAGCCGGUAUUGGAUGACAUCACGGAUGCAAUCACAUCGAAGCGGCCGUAUUCGCGCUACAAUCCUAUGGAAGCGCACUGGUGGAUCCGCUUGCAAGUAAUGACCCAUCUUCCGGGAGCCAUUUCAGACUUAAUCUACUUCUAAUGUAUGCUCUCAUCACAUCAAUAUUAUAUGCCUUACAUUUAAAGGGACAGUAAGUAGGAUUUACCCCCAUCUAGUGGUGAAAUUGUAUUUUGCAUUCAAACGAACAGUGCUCUCUAGCGCCUCGCCUUUCCAAAUGCGUGUUGCAACUAUGGUUGCCGUUAUGUAAUCACUGAUCUCCUUUUCCGUUUCAGCUAGUUCACGUGUUCUGAAUGAAAACACAUUGGUAGGCUAGUGCUUUUUGUCCCUCUCUGCUAUUAUAGUUUAUCAAUAAAGCGGGAUGACAUGGAUGCCUCGUUGGACUUACCCGUUCAAUGUUACUAAAGAGAAGAAAUUCUAAGCUUACAA